AUUUCCUUCCCCCGCCCCUUAAUCACGUAGGGACGGAGGCUGAGACGCAAGAUGUCCUUCUUAUUCCCAUACAUAUAUCAAAAACCUCCGAUGUGAAAUUACGAUGUCAUCCCAUACACGUGACCCUCCAUCAACAAAUAACGAUACAUACAAAGAACUCGCGCCACAGCAACCCAGACAUCGCGAGGAUGAAGGAUUACAAGUCAGUGGCUGCGACUGCACACUCGAGACCAGCGAUCGAGACUGUACCCUAGAGGUCGACCAACGGGCGCAAGAGAUGCAGAGGGAAGCUGUCAGUGGCACCCAGGCUUCAGGAGAUAUUGAAGCAGGCAUGUUGGAGCAAUCAUACAGCAAGUAUAAAACCAGAAAUCUUUUUAAGAAGAACGGCCGUGUUCAAAAGAGCCGGGUCUGCUGCAUGGUACUCGCGCUCAUUGUAAUAAUUAUUAUAAUUGUUCCCUCGGUUAUAGCUACGACACAUUGAGACUGAAUUAAGAAUUCGGUUAGCUAUUACAAGAUGCGCGCAAUUAUUGUGCAAUCCUGCAUGUGGGAAAC